CAUUCGGGUUUAUCUAGUCAAACUUUAUACUUAGCCUAUAGGCUAUCAGGUAAGUUGAAGUUUCUUUUGAAAAUAAAGGCAACCUGUAUACAUAGCCUACACUGAGAACUAACGUCAUGGUUCUCUAUAGCAGUUAUUUAUGUCAGAAACUAUGCUAAUGAGAUUAUUGUUUGGAACAGUCCAACUGGUCCCGCUCGGGCUAUAUAAACGUUGGCAGAACCGAUUUUAGAGCUCCUGAAUAGUCGCCGAAAUGAAUUACGGAUCUGAUCACUACCUUUCUUCAUCGUAUAGAAAAAUAUUCGGAGAUGUGGCCCGUUUUUCAGCCUCUACCUCAAGAAGUUCCAUGUCCUCCAGCGGCUUUAGGUCGCAGCCUGGCUCUCGUGCGUCCUCACUGGGACACAGAAGGUCGGGGCGCGCAUCUUCUUUCUCUCCGGUUCCCAGCGACUGCGUCGAUCUAACUCAGACCUCAGUGAUCACCAAUGAAUUUAAAAUCAUACGAACAAAUGAGAAAGAGCAACUACAGGGUCUUAACGACCGAUUUGCAAUGUUCAUCGAUAAAGUGCGUACCCUGGAGCAGCAAAACAAGGUGUUGGAGACGGAGUUGGUCACUCUGCGCCAGAGGCACAGCGAACCAUCCCGCCUGACUGAUCUGUAUCAGCAAGAGAUGCGGGAGCUGCGCAGCCAGAUAGACGAGCUCAACACCGAAAAGUCUCAGAUUCUCAUAGAAAGGGACAAUAUAGAAGAUGAUCUGCAAAAGCUGCGAAUCAAAUAUGAAGACGAGAUAAGGGCAAGAGAAGAGGCUGAACAGGCGCUCCGGUCGUACAAGAAAGACGUGGACGAUGCAACCCUGGUUCGCUUGGACCUGGAGAGGAAAGUUGAGUCUCUACUAGAUGAAAUCAAUUUCCUGAGAAAGGUACACGACGAGGAGGUGACGGAACUAACGAGUAUGAUGCACGCAGCCCAGGUAUCUGUCGAGGUCGAAGUAUCUAAACCCGAUCUCACCGCUGCCCUGAAGGAAAUACGAGGUCAAUAUGAGUCGCUGGCUUCAAAGAAUCUUCAGUCUGCAGAAGAAUGGUACAAGACAAAGUUUGCUAAUCUAAAUGAGCAGGCCGCAAGAACCAACGAGGCUAUACGAGCCAGCAAAGAGGAGAUAGGUGAUUACAGAAGACAAUUACAGUCCAAGACUAUUGAAAUUGAAACUCUGAGAGGAACCAACGAAUCACUGGAACGCCAGAUUCGCGAGAUGGACGACGCACACAAUAUGGACAUAGCAGGCUAUCAGGAAUCGAUUGGACAUCUUGAAAAUGAGCUUAGAAGUACAAAGAGCGAGAUGACGCGUCACCUUAGGGAAUAUCAAGACCUGCUGAAUGUUAAGAUGGCUCUGGACAUUGAAAUCACAGCAUACAGGAAACUUCUGGAAGGUGAAGAGACACACUUUGGCACAGGCAUGAUGUACCCCGUUCCUAACCAUGUGCCCAGCCAAAGCUAUGGCUACCAGACCCGCACUUACACCAGCUCCAACCAAAACCCCAAGAGAGAGAAGGAAGAGGAGAGUCAGGGCAAGUCCAAAAUGGCUGCACAGCAGCGGGAGAUGUUUGAGGAGAUCAUCGAGGAGACCAUUGUGACCAAGAAGGUAGAAAAGAGUGACCUGGUUGAUUUAAACUCCAACUAGACCAGCAGUGUCCUUAUUCAAUGGAGUGAAACUGUUCUGUUUCCCAUAUCUGUCCAUAAUUACAUAGCCUAUAAAGUAGUCCACCCGUAAUGUCAUCACAGUGACUGUAUACUGCUUUGAAUGUAAACAUGUUAUGUAUUAUACAAUACACUGCCAGUAGCUGUUGUCAAUUAUGUUUACAAUGAGUGAUUUUAUCACUUUGAAUGACAUUUCAGUGCUAAGGAAAGAUGACUUUUAUGUCUAAAUGUGUUUGUAAUUCUGUGUGAGUAUAAGUCUUAGAUCUAUACAUUCAAUCUAUUGUCUAAUCCAAAACUGACAUUUGUUUUUCAGUGUUGCCUCAUAGGAUUCACAAUGUAAACAUGGCAUAUAUAAGGCUAUUUUCAGACUGAUUAAAUCAGGAGAUUUAAGCCUAGGUUGUUCAUAUCAGUCCAACAGAAAAUUCUUAAUUUUCACUGACCUCUGAGCUAUUACUUACACAAUAAUAAUAAAAAAGAAAAGAUACUAGA